AUGUGUCCGACGGUGUCAACGUGAACAAUUUUAAUUUCAUCAUUUACUUCCAUUUUGUUUAAAAUAACUAGAAACGGAUAUACAAACACAGAAACAAGAUGCCGUUGUCGUGUCGAUUUUACCAGGAGAAAUACCCUGAAAUCGAGGAUGUAGUGAUGGUAAAUGUGCGGUCCAUCGCGGAGAUGGGCGCCUACGUACAUCUGUUGGAAUACAACAAUAUUGAGGGCAUGAUUUUGCUUUCCGAGUUGUCGAGAAGACGUAUCAGGUCCAUCAAUAAAUUGAUCAGAGUUGGGAAGACAGAGCCCGUUGUGGUGAUCAGAGUGGAUAAAGAAAAAGGUUACAUAGACUUGUCAAAACGUCGUGUAUCCGCCGAGGACAUAGACAAGUGCACAGAGAGGUACGCCAAAGCCAAGGCGGUGAACUCCAUCCUGCGGCACGUGGCGGAGCUGCUUCAUUACGAGAGCUCGGAGCAGCUGGAGGAACUGUACAAGCGUACUGCUUGGUUGUUUGAAGAGAAAUAUAAGAAGAAGGCUUCCGCUUAUGACUUCUUUAAACAAGCUGCUGUUGACCCGUCAGUCCUCAACGAAUGUGGCCUAGACGAGAGGACCAAGGAGGUCCUCCUGGCCAAUAUCAAGCGUAAGCUGACUUCGCAGGCCGUGAAGAUCCGAGCUGACAUAGAGUGCGCGUGCUACGGGUACGAGGGGAUCGAUGCGGUGAAGGCUGCGCUUAAAGCCGGCCUUACCGUCUCCACUGUUGAGAUGCCUAUUAAGAUCAACCUCAUAGCUCCGCCUCUAUAUGUAAUGACCACUUCAACGCCCGAGAAGACGGACGGGUUGAAGGCGCUACAGGACGCCAUAGAUAAGAUACAGGAGAACAUCACGACCGCUGGCGGCGUGUUCAACAUACAGAUGGCGCCUGAGGUGGUGACGGCGACGGACGAGGCGGAGCUGGCGCGGCAGAUGGAGCGCGCCGAGGCGGAGAACGCGGAGGUGGCCGGGGACUCCGCCGAGGAGGACGAGGACCACGGUAUGGGCGACGCUGGUAUGGACGAGGAGCCGCAACAGAACGGCGCAUCCGACGAAGAGGAAGAUAACUAGAACACGGCGAACUAUAUAUUAUAUGUAUAGCGAUAUGUUGCUAAUAUACAACUUUUAUACAA